GCUUUUCUUCUUCUUUGUCCCUCCUCUCCCUCUCUCUCUCUCUCUCUCUCUCCACCCAUCGAGAGCCAUGGCGAAGCCAACCUCUCGUUCCUGGUUCAGACCUAUAACCGCCCUCCUAACACCACGAGGAGAGACCCUCUGGUACUUUCUCGCCCUCCUUUCCGUCCUCUCCCUCGUUGGCCAAGAACUCAACCGCUGCUCGGCCCUCGCCACUGCAGCUGACUUCGAAGGCUUCGGCGACGAAGGUGAAGAAGAAGAGAUCUCCGAUUCCCAACAAAUUUCCGAUCUACCCUUCCUUUCACCGGUCCCUCCUCCUCCCGUCACCAAAUCCGACUUCGAGACUCAUCACGGCCCACCACAGUCCGCUACGUCACCGCCCUCACCCGCCUCCUCCGAUCCCUCACCUAAAGGCUUCGACUACUGGGACGAAGAUGAAUUCGAAGGAAUUCCCAUCACCGAAUCCUCGCAAACGCCGCAAGAAACCACCACCCCAUCUUCCCCGGCCGAGGAUCCCAAACCCGAAAUUUCGCCGCCAAAGAUUCGGUCUUACACUAUCGAGAUCGUCUGCAUCAGUUUCUUGACCUGUUUUGUGAUAAAUUAUUUUACCGGUAAGCGAGAGAAUGAGAACAUCGCUUUGGCUUGGGCGUCCAAGUUUGCCACCAAGGAUUCGAUUUUUGAUAAGAAUUUCAGUUUGUUGGGUACUGGUGAUGGUACGGAUACUCCAUUACUGUUGAAAGAAGGGCCGAAUGUGUUUAAGUUUUAUGCCAGCGGGAGGAGGUACUGUCAUGGUAUGUUGGCCACCAUGGAGCUUCAGAGUCGCCAUGACUUGAUUUCGAGGAUUUAUAAUUUGAUUGUGCCGAGUAAGGAUGAGAUUAGUUUUGAAGUUUAUUUGAAUGACGAUGCCAUGGAUCAAGUGGUUUUUGCGCUUGCGAAGAAGAAGGCUGCUAAAGUGAUUCAGAAGGAGGUGAGGGAUCUUCAGAGGUAUGCGAGUUUGGUUUCUCCACCGAGUAAUCGGAAAUGGAUUGUCGAGGAUUUGGCUGUUAUCUCCGAGUCCAGGGAGGUUGGUGGAGAUUUGAUCACCGAGACCGUUCUUGAUCAGGUCUUUGGUGAUAAAGCAUUUGAGAAAUUUGGAAAAGGGUUCAUCUUGAUGCAUUUUUCUGAUCAAUACCCAGACACAAACAGGAAAAUGCUAUUUUUCAAGUUUGCUCUUCCAGAUGCUAAGCACAUGGCUGACAUGACCCGAUUGGUGGCUCUUGUACCAUACUACAUUGAUUUGAUUGGGCGUUACAAAGUCAGUUCACAGGUCCGCUCUAAAACAGAAGCAGCCAGGUCAAAGGUUGCCCAAGAGAUAUACAAGGAGAAUCUAAAUGCUAGGCAGGAAGCUUUGCAGAAAAGGAAGGCGGAGAAGAAAAAGAUCGAGGAGGCUGAGGCGAAACUCAGUGCAGAAGCACUUCGUAAAAGAGAAGCAAAAGAGAGAACACGUCAGAUGAAAAAGGCAAUGCCAAAAGUGAAGAUGACCCGUGCUCACUAGAUCUUAGAUCCCUUCUGGUUGCUUGCAACAUUGCAACUAUAUGGUUAUCUCAUUCCCACUCGUAAAAUUCUUGCUUGGAAUGCAGUCAACUAUUUGGACUUCAGAAUCGUAUUUCAUUUUCUCAUAUCCUAGAUAAGUAGUUUCUUCAUCAUGCAGCUGUGUACUUAGUCAUUGAUUGUAUAUGUUAGCCAGUGUAGCCAUUAAAAGAUUUUGGGGGAUUAACCGAUUGACUCAUUGAGGAAACUCAACCAGGCCUCUGCCUCUCCCAGGUUUUUAGGUAAAACACUUGAGCAUCCAAUUUGAAGUGUGUGAGGGCACUCAAUUUGAAGACUAAUGGGAACUGUUGAGCAUAUUCUGGAUCUUCUUCAUUUUGACUCUUGAUGUAGUUUUUGUUUCUGGGAGUCUUGAAUGUUUGGCUUGUGAACACUCUGAGGAGGAAAGUUAAAUGGUUUAAUGAGUUGGACAAGUGGAAGAGGCCUCAAGCUUCAGUUACAGGCCGCCUUUCCUUGUUUAUGGAUCAA